UUCGAUCGAAAUUUUGAAAAUGAUAAUAAUUUUAAUGAAUACAUUACUGAAAUGGAAGAACUAGAACAUGGUGAAAUGCUUAGAACAGAUAUACAAAUUUUUGAAAUUAAUAAUCCGAAUAUUGAUAGUGAAGAUGAUACAAGAAUUGAAGAAACUACAGGAGAGUCGACUAAAGUCGACUCUGAAAUAAAAGUUAAUACAAGCUGA